AUGGAUAACUUUAUGGAGAUGACCAAGAAGCUCGGGCAUCAGCCCGAGUUGCUGCGCCUGAGAGCAUUGGAUGCCACUUAUGACGAUGCCUUGGAGGGGAAACUUGUGGUGGCCCCCCUCGAUAUGAGCGAGCCGGGCAAGAAGAUUCUGGACUCUGGCACCGCGGAUGGCACCUGGCUUCGCAAUGUGCGGAGCAAACAAUCGGUCCCGCAUGACUACUACGGCAGCGACGUUGAAGGCGAGUUGUUCCCUAAGGAUCCAGAUGGCAUCACCUAUUUCGCCCAUUCCUUCAAGGACCCAUGGCCCCAGCAGUACUUGGGCUUUUUCGACCUGGUCCACAUCCGAGGCAGUCUGGCGGGCUCCGCGCCCGAGGGACCGGCUCCGGUGAUUCAGAACCUGACUACUCUGUUGAAGCCUGGCGGUUGGGUUCAGCUCAUGGAAAUGAAUGCCUUCAGCCCGCCACCGAAUGGCCCUGCCAUGACGGACUUUGCCAAGAUGGCCUCGGAAAUGUUCACAGGCAUCGGUGUGGGUGACUUUGCCAACAACAACAAGUCCAUGCUGGAAGACGCCGGCUUGAAGAACGUGCAGGAGAAGCGCGUCAUUGUCAACCUGGGAAAGAAAGCAAAGCCCGAGCUCCACGACCAGAGUAUUCAUGGAGUCACUGGGCCCAUUGUGCCGUUGACGAGCGUGGCCAGGACCGUGAAGUCUUCGUUUACCGGUGAACAGCUUGAUGCGCUUCCCGCGCGUGUCAAGGAAGAGCUGGAGACCGAAGGGGGUCAAGUUGAGAUGAUUAUUGCCUUUGGCCAGAAGGCUUGA